AUGCGUAGACAACGCGAGAAACUCGUCCAAACUGUGGAGCAAUAUAUGCUUUGUCAUGAAGCUGUACGACAGCUUAUCCGUCACGGUAUUACACGGGUCCAUGCUGAUCUCUUCCAAAGAUACCUCAAUUACCUCGGAGAAGAAAAUGUGAAUGGCAAAACACGUAUGCAGAUGCAAUACGAGGAUCUCUGCGAAUGUCACCACAAUCCAUCUUGCACUCCUCCAACUGAGUACAUCACAUUGCCCGGUUACCAUCGACCGGAUGAGUACAUCGUUGCUAACUGGGCCAAGGAAUGCUCCGAGUUGUGGCAGCUGAUAUGGAAUCAGAAUUGUCAAACAGUAGUUUUACUAGGUACCGAUACAAGAGAUUCAUUAGUUUUGCUAGGUGAACAACUGAAAUCGAAUGGACGUUAA